AUUCCGGAAGCUCAUCUGGUGAUGAAUCGGAUGCUGGUAAAGAUUCAGUUCCUAAAACUGUUCAGAAGGCAACAGCGGCUUCAUGGAGGAGAACCGAGCAGGAAGAUGAGCUUGAUCUUCCAGAGACUAGAGAUUCCCUGGCUGACCUGCUGACUUCCGAGAAAAAGUCCAUUUCUGCUGAGCCCGAUGAUCAUCGAGAGGAGGAGAGUGCUGAACCUGAGAGGCAAGUCUCUCCUGAGAAGCUUUACCGCGCAGCUUUGUUAAGAGGUCGGUUUGCGGAUAUCAUACUAAAAGCUCAGGAGAAGAGCCUUGAAAAGGGUGAAGUGCGGGACCCUGAAAGGCUAAAGCUUGAGAGAGAGGAAUUUGAAAGGCGAAGGCGUGAAGAGAAAGCUCGCUUACAAGCGGAAGCUAAGGCUGCCGAAGAGGCUCGUAGAAGAGCCGAUGCAGAAGCUGCUGCAGAAGCCAAAAGGAAACGAGAACUUGAAAGAGAAGCUGCCCGUCAGGCACUCCAGAAGAUGGAGAAGACUGUUGAAAUCAAUGAGAACAGUCGAUUUUUGGAGGAUCUGGAAUUGUUUAAAGCUGCUCCAGAUGAACAGUUAGAGAGCUUCAUUGAGGAAACGAGUCCUGGUCAUUCUGAGAAUGUUCUUGGCAGUUUCAAAUUUAAGGCAAAUAGUAAUCCGUUGGAGCAACUAGGAUUAUAUAUAAAGGAUGACGAGGAGGAAGAAGAAACUGAACCACAUAGCGUUCCUGCCGUAUCGAAUGAUCCGGAGGAAGGAGAGAUUGAUUAAUGUCGCCUUUAAUACUUUAGCCAAUCGACAAGUUGGAGCGGGUGAUUUUCUUUUGAAUCCUUGCGUGGUGAUUUGGUAUAACUGGAAGAAAUAGGGUUGGGAGUCCACAAAUGAGAAGCAUGAGCUUUUAUUGACUUUGGGUCUCCCUGUAAUUGAUGCCAGUUUGGAUGCUUCUUCAGAAGACUUGGUUGUGGGGUCUGGCCAAUAUAGCCAGCCAUCUUAUAUUUAUAUUCCAGAUUCUUUUGCUCGUGUAGAA